AAGCUACGGAUAUAUCACAAGAUGCCUUUUAAAAAAAUGGAACCACUUGAAAUAAGCUACACAUAAUUUUGGUCAGAUUGCUGUCGUGUUCCAGGCCCUUUCAUAUGUGAAAAGAAUGUGUGCAUAUGUUGAUAAGGGACAGGUUCUAGUGCAAGUUCUGCCUCCGAUUCUCAUUUUGGAGUUUGUGUUUGGCGUCAUGGGCAAUGGCUUGGCCCUCUGGAUCUUCUACCACAUGAGGCCGUGGAGGAGCAGCACGGUGUUCCUCUUCAACCUGGCCCUGGCCGACUUCCUCCUCAACGUGGCGCUGCCCAUGCGCGCCGGCUACUACCUCUCCGGCAUCGACUGGAAGUUGGGCGAUCCUCUCUGCCGCGUCUCGCUCUUCAUGCUGGCCAUGAACCGCGGCGGCAGCAUCCUCUUCCUCACGGCGGUGGCGGUGGACCGCUACUUGCGCGUGGCGUACCCUCACCACGCGCUCAACUCCAUGACCGUGGCAAGGGCGGCGUGCGCGGCCGCGCUGCUCUGGGUCGUCACCAUCGCGCUCAACGUCUCGAUCCUCGCCGAGUCCAAGCUCAAGGUGACCAACGACACGACGACGAAGUGCGAAAGCUUCGGCGACGAGAACAAGUACCACAACGUGGUUUUCUUUGUGAUCUUCCUCAUCUCGCUGAGCAUCAUUAUCUUUUGCACGACUCACACCUACGCCCAGCUGCGCAGGAGACGCAUGGACAGAAACGCGAGGAUAAGGCGCAUUAUGCGGAGUCUCACUCUGGUCACGGUGAUGUUCACCGUUUGCUUUUUGCCCUGCAACAUCACACGGCUGCUCAUCUGGCUGAGAAACGCACAGUCCACUGACUACGAAAGCGUCGAGUCUCUCGAGAUGGCCUUUUACAUCACCAUUAGCUUGACUUAUCUCAACAGCAUGCUGGAUCCUGCACUCUACUACUUCUCUAGUCCCCCUUUUCAAAAGACUCUCAAUGAGAUGGUGACCAACCUCACGCAGAGAAGAAGAAGAAAAACACUUCAGCAGGACCAGAGAAUUGAAAUAAAUGGACUAUUCACUGCAAUACUGGAUUUAGUGCAUUUGAAGAUAUGA